GCAGCCUGGAGGUCAUCUUUUCACAAACUGAUUUGUUACCAUCGAGUAAAGCUGCAGUUGUUGGAAGAUCUUUCACCAUAACAUAACAUAGAGGAUGUCAAAUUUGAGACAAUUUGACUCUGAUUUUUACCAAUCUAAUUAUACCAUUGAUAAUCAGGAGCCGAGCUGUAAUAAUGCUAACAUCUAUGGAAAUGUUUAUGGAUCCAGCAUACAACAAGCCAGUGAGCAGCCAUAGCCUGCUUUUGCCCCACCGGACACGCUCGUGUCAGCAGACUAUUUGGGACAGCCAGCACCCAACUUGGAUUAUUAUUCACAAUCUCCUUACAUUCACAGUUUUGAUGAAGAGCCUCCUUUGCUAGAAAUAAAUUAAAGAAAACUUGGAAUGCUUCAUCACAUAUGUCAAAAAACCUUGAGAGUGUUAAACCCACUGAAGCCGGCAGAUGGCAGCAUUAUGAAUGAAACGGACCUUACCGGGCCCAUCCUUUUUUGCAUUGCCCUGGGAGUUACCCUGCUUCUGGCAGGAAAAGUUCAGUUUGGUUAUGUGUAUGGCAUGAGUGCCAUUGGCUGCCUAGGGAUUCACACCUUAUUAAACUUGAUGAGCUCUUCAAGGGUGUCCUAUGGCUGCGUGGCGAGAGUGCUGGGUUACUGCCUGCUCCCCAUGGUCGUCCUGUCCAGCUGUGCCAUCUUCUUUUCUCUGCAGGACACCUUUGGAACUGUGCUGGCCCCGGUCAUCAUUGGCUGGUGUAGUCUGUCAGCUUCCAAAAUCUUCAUUUCAGCCUUGGACAUGGAAGGACAGCAGUUUCUUGUUGCCUACCCUUGUGCCUUACUUUAUGGACUUCUUGCUCUCCUCACAGUUUUCUAAAGAGUAUUCGAGAUACUGUUUACAAAAUUCCGUUUGUUUGCUAUUCAGAUUAUGCUGGAAAUGUGUUAGCAUUUGAACAUGGUAAUAUGAUUUCUGUUUUAUUGCUGUUGAGAGAAUAACAAGCAGAGAGACAAAACCAUUUCAGGAUGUUUCUGUAAUAACUUGUUUGGUUUGAAUGAUGUUUUGCUUUUCGGUUUGGUUCAAUAAAACAUUUUAAAACACUUAAAAAUAAAAAGGGAUUUAGUUGUACCAAUGGA